AUGGCCGCGCAGGCACAGGCCGUCACCGUCUCGCUCAAAGAUCUCCAAUCUGGCAAUGUCUCCUUUGAGACUCUUCAACAGGCUUUCGGCCCGGACUCGCUCGGCAUCCUCGUCGUCAAGGAUGUGCCAAAGCAGUUCCCCAAGCUGAGACACUCAGCCCUGUCCUAUGCUUCCUAUCUUGGCAAUCUGCCGCAUGCAGAACUCGAAACGCUCGAGAAUGCCCACGCCAAGUACCUCACCGGCUGGUCCCUCGGCAAGGAGACGCUCAAGAACGGCAAGGCCGACACCUUCAAGGGCUCCUACUAUGCCAACUGCGCCUUUUACGUCGACGCCUCCCUCGAGUGCGCCAAGCCCACCGCCGAGUUUUCCGAGGCGACCUUCCCCGAGUACCUGUCACCGAACCUUUGGCCGGCCGAGGCCGUGCUGCCAGGCUUCAAGCCCGCCGUGACGGACCUGUGCAGGCUCAUCAUCGACGUGGCCGUCCUCGUCGCCCGCGCCUGCGACCGCUUCGCCGAGAAGGAGAUCCACGGCUACCCCAAGGGCUACCUCGAGCACGUCGUCAGCACCUCCAACACGACCAAGGCCCGGCUCCUCCACUACUACCCCCAGGGCCGCGAGGACGUCGCCGACGGCGGCGACGAGGAUGACUGGUGCGCCACGCACCUGGACCACGGCUGCCUGACGGGCCUGACGUCGGCCAUGUUCAUCGACGAGACCGACACCGACACCGUCGUCCCCGCCGGCAGCGGCUCGUCCCCGCUGCCUGCGUUGAGCGAGCUGCCCGCGUCGCCCGACCCCAGCGCCGGCCUGUACAUCAAGUCGCGCACCGGCGAGACGUUCCAGGUCCGGAUCCCGCGCGACUGCAUCGCCUUCCAGACGGGCGAGGCGCUCGAGCGCAUCACCGCCGGCAAGUUCAAGGCCGUGCCGCACUUUGUGCGCGGCGUCAAGGCUAGCGUCAGCGACGGCCGCAUCGCGCGCAACACGCUGGCCGUCUUCACGCAGCCCAACCUGGGCGAGGAGGUGGACAUUGAGCAGCACCUCACGUUUGGAGAAUUUGCGCGCGGCGUGGUGACGAAGAAUACUGUAUCAUAG